AUUACUCAUCUACUUAUGGCUAUCGAAAUUGUGGCUUAUGUUGAUGAAUUUUUUUUGGUGAAAUUGCAGACUUGUCCCCUUUUGCUUCGAGUUUUCACUAAGAUUGGCAGCCAUCAUCCCAAAGAAGACUUUGCUGUGAGGGGAAAGGAGCCUAAAGAUGAGGUCCAAAUUUAUACAUGGAAGGAUGCCACACUUCGAGAGCUCACUGACCUAGUCAAAGAGGUUGCAACAGCGGCAAGGCGAAGAAAUGCAAGGCUUUCGUUUGCAUUUGUAUACCCUGAUAAGAAAGGUCGUUUUGUUUUCAGACAAGUCGGCACGACUCACUCAUAUGCAAAUGGGCGAGAUGAUGGGAAGACACUGGAGGCGCUCGACUUUCAGAUUGGAGACUACCUGAGUGUUGCCAUUCUCUAGAGCAGACAUUUUCAGAUGUGAGCUGUUGUUGAUGCAAUUAUCAGAACGAACUUAACAUAUUCUUCGUUUUUUUAGGUUUUUUCUUUUGUGACUAUUAAUCAAUGUAGUAUUGCCUGACAAAGAUUAUCAAGCUUUAAAGUACAUUGAUAUUAAAUGAUGAUCUUCUGUAUGAUAUUCGACUUAUCGUUUGCUUAUGUUAUGCUGUGCAAGUGCCCUUUGAGAUA